AAACUCACUAUAUUACUAAAGUAAGCUUCUAUGUGCGCGCCAUAUGAAGCCACCAUAAAAGGGCAGCUUGGCUUCCGAUAAACUGAAAAACCAGUCGUUGCUUCGAUCAAAUUUGAAUUUAACUGAAGCACCGAUUCAGUUCGGCUCCGUGGUGAAAUAUAUGGUGUACGGGUUCGGCAAAGGAGGGCCUUCGCCUGCGGAAAAAUACGAGCAAUUAGGGUUAGCCGAUGCCCUCUCUCGCCCUUACGAUUACUCGCCAGCCUGCCAGGAGCUGGCUCUCAUCCUCAGACGCGCUUAUGCGAAGCUUCCCAAGAAUGUUCAGUCCCUCGUCUUCCGCGACACGCUCUCCGCUUUUCGCCUUCUUCCCCAGUUAGUUUUAUUUCCUGUUGAACCAAGCAUCGGAAUUCCAGCUGCAAAUCUUCUUGUCCAAGCUAGUGAAGCUGCACUACCCAAGCAGAAGAAAACACUGGCUUCCUCUGAGUUCAAGCAUGUUGUGGUUGCACAGAGGAGGCGUGUCAAAGUUCUUGAACAUGAAGGUUAUACACACCUACCUCAGGAUAUCCUUCUCCAUGUUUUCAGAUCGCUUGACAUGAGGUCUUUGGUCAAUGCUAGCUCAGUUUGCUGGGAGUGGAAUACUGCUGCAAAAGCAAAUAUAUUAUGGAUGUCCCAGUAUUCCAUAAUAUUUGGCAAGUUUGAUAUUUCUGUCAAAAAAAAAUUUUGUGAUUAUGCUGAUGAAGUCGCUGGUGUCAGGAUUAAAGAAUGCAAAGACCUAUCAGUUAAUUUUGAUUGGAGAUGGGCUUUUAAAAUGAGAUUCAUGAAUUGCUCUGCUUGGAGAUCCAGACCGCAUCGAGCAGUUUGUAUGCAUUGUGAAUCAGUAAUCUGGCUCAGUGGGUUAACAUCUGAUACACCUCACCAUUGUCCUAAAAGUGAAAAAGGCAGGUUAAAAAUCAAGCCCAUUCCAGCUUAUAUGCUCGUAGACUAUCUACUGGGAGCGGAAGACAAUUGCGAGAGUAGCAGACAUAACUCGGCUUUCUUAUUCUCUGAAAGUGAUGACAGUGAUUCUGAUGGCUCUCCAGCCCCUAAAUGGUUGCCUAAGUUGUGGGCCUUACCUAGGCUGGUUGACUGAAUUUUUGAGCGAAAUUAUGAGGUUAGGUUAUUGGUUGUCAUCUCCGAGCCACGAGAGAAAAUGUGAGGAUGAGAUGCAGGCGAGCUCAUUGCCACUCUCUUGUAUGCGUAUUCGAGGAUGACAUGCACAAGAAGACAACAGGUUGGCAACUUCAUAUUUUAAUUAAGCCAUUUGAUAUGCAAAAUUACAAAUGAUGAUUUGAUGGUUAGCAGAUUCAUUUCAAUAAAUAUUUUAAGAAAUUAUGUCCCAUCAUAAACUUUCUGUCAAUGUUCUAACUACCUUAAUCAUGUAUUAUUAUAAAUGAUUUGUCUAAAUUAUUAUUAUUUUGGUUUUAUUUGAAAGUGAUGGAAAGUAAAGGGAAAUGAAUUGCAUUGAUUUCA